AUGGCUCUUUUCGAUGUUGUCGCCACCAUCUUCUCAAUCUUUACGCUCCUUUCUCUCAUGGGAAAGAAGAGAGCGGCCCUGGAUGAGGUCGGGCUGAGCCGACUAUGCCGUACUAUAAAGAGGGCGAACGCCGAAGCCAGUACGAGUGUCAGGGUGAACGAAGGUCCAUGCGGGACCUCGAUCCUCGAGUUCUGUUGGAGAGAUCGCUACCAUAGGACGAUAAUUUUGAGCGAUGAUACAGAAGAAGAGAGUGAAGAUGUUAAUGGAAGUGAAGGUGAAGAACAAAAUGGUGACAAAGAAGAAGGAAGGGGUGAAGAAGGCAGUGAAGAUGAGGGCAGUGAUGAAGAGGGGGAUCAGGAAGGUGAAGAGGAGGCCCAAAAGUCUGAUGAGGGACCUUCUCUUGCUACACAUGAGCACCUCGAUUUCGGCCACCUCAACGACUUAUGGCACCACAACCAAACCGUUCUUAACAGGUGCGAGUACAUGCGCUUGCAGCUAAAGCGUCUGAGUCAGUAG